AUGGUUCGGUGCUAUGCUGCUCAGGGUCCGUGGGCGGUAGAUCAGGACCGCAUGAUCGAGCUCGGCUACGAUGCCGUCAACUUGCAGGGGGAAGUGGUGCAUGGCGUUUACCUUCGGCAGCUGUUGCCGCUCCUGGCACAAAAGAUCACCCCACGUGCUGAAGAGCUGGUGGAGGACACGUUUCCUUUCACUUACACGAAGCACAGGGCAGGUCCAGAGGACCGGCCGCUCACUGUGGACUUCAUGUACCCUGAGCUCGCUCACUUUGUGCAGGAAGGCGACAUUGUUACUGGCAACACGGGCGGCUACAUCAACUUGUCCAGAAUGCGCAUGAAGAAGGGCAACACCACGGCCGGUCCCACCAACUGGGCGUCCUUGGGGAGCGUGUUUCCAAUUUCCGUUGGCAUGGCUUUUGCUGCACCUGAGCGUCGCAUCGUUUGCCUUGAGGGCGAUGGAUCCUUUCAAAUGACUGGUAUGGAGCUCGGCACAGUUCUGCGACACAAUCUCAACUUCCUCCUCAUCAUCCUGAACAAUGCAGGGUAUACGGCCGAGCGUGCCAUCCAUCCGGAGCGGGACGACUCCUACAACGACAUUCAAGUGUGGAACUAUCACUUGCUGCCUGAGGCACUGGGUGGCAGGUCAGGUUCAAACGGCAUCGACGUGCUCACGGAGUCUCAGUUCACUGAGGCCCUAGCAGCUUACGAGUUCGGUAAGGGCUUGCACGUGGUGAAUGCAAGGCUGGACAAGAUGGACAUCCCCAGCUUCUUCCGUGAGAUGAGUGACCCGCUGCGCCAUUGA